AUGCCAAAAUCAUUCCUGGGAAAUCCUGCUUGGGAUAAUGCACUUGCAGGAUUUACCGCCGGAGCCGUUUCUACAAUUUGCUUGCACCCCCUGGACUUGGUAAAAACGAGAUUUCAAGUUGACAACACCGUGAGAAGUUUAUCGGGAAAGCGACAAUUUGGUGCCACCUUUAAUACUUUAAAGGGCAUUCUUGCAAAAGAUGGUUUCACCGGACUGUAUCGAGGAGUUUCGCCAAAUUUUGCGGGUUCCACCGCAAGUUGGGGAUUCUAUUUUUAUUGGUAUGAUUUGAUCAAACGAAAGAUGGCAAAAGGUGAUAAGUUGAAUAAACUGACCGCUAUACAGCAUCUAACAGCGUCAGCUCAGGCAGGCAUAAUAACAGCUUUUGUAACAAAUCCAUUAUGGGUCGUUAAAACGCGAAUGUGCGCUACAAGUCGAAAGGAUCCUGGUGCAUACAAAGGAUUACUGGGUACUAAUGGUCUCUACCAGAUAAUCAGAUACGAGGGAAUUCGUGGCUUGUACAAAGGAAUGAUCCCCGCAUUGUUUGGCGUAUCCCAUGGAGCUCUACAGUUUAUGGCUUAUGAAGAAAUGAAAAAGUGGAGAUUUAGAAUAUCUCCAAAUAAGGAUCGAGAUAGAUUAAAUAAUUUUGAAUACCUUUCAAUGGCCGCCUCCUCCAAGACAUUUGCGUCUGUGGCCACCUAUCCGUAUCAACUUAUACGCGCGCGAUUACAAAAUCAAAAAUUUGAAAUUAGAUAUUACGGUGUGAUUGAUACAAUAAGGAAAACUUAUGG